CUAAGCAUGGAGCAGGUGAUGCUUUCCCCCAAACAUGACAAGUUUUAAUAUUCUUUAAAUUUUUAAAAAUUCAUCAUAUGAACAUAAUCACAAUGGAUGAUCCAUUUCAAGAAGAUAUUUCAUUUAAUUUUUUUAUACAUCAAUAUUAUUGGGCAUUAGUAUUAGUUGUGGUGCUAUUUUUAUUUGGAUUAGGCCUUCUUCUUUGGUAUAUGAGACGUUGUAGGAGAGAGCCAAGAUAUGAAUAUACAGCAUUAGCAGAUGAAUCCUUUUUGCAUGAUCGUUUGGAAAUGGAUCGCAAAUUGCAAAGAGAUUCAGAUCGAAAUAUGUCUACUAUACGUUGCCAGUACUAUUUGAGAGGCUCAACUCGAUAUGUUUUUCUAAGGCAUUUGCCAGAUAUGGGUAGUAGAUUGGAUAAAAAUUGGUAUCUUGUGCGCGAUUCUACUACAAAAACUGAGCGUCUGCUGACAAUGACCCCGAUGGCUGAAAGCUGUCCCAUAAAAUACACUGCUGAAACCAGACAAGUGUUGCUUGAUUUGUUUUUAGCUUUACAACAUCCGUAUAUCUAUCCUGUGUUAGAUAUAGAUAGAAAAAUAGUAAUGGAACAAGAAUAUGUUAUAGCUGUUUUGCCUUUUAAUGAUGAAGGCAGUCUGAAAGAUGUUAUCUAUCAAAGCCAUUGCCAAGAUGACUGGAAGGAGAAGUAUCAUUUCCAAGGUUAUGGACUGAGUUCAUCUCAAAUUCAAAGAUUAGGGUGCCAAAUUCUUGAGGCCUUGCUGUUUUUAAAGGAUCAAAGAUUUCCUCCCUUCUUGCAUUUGCAUUCUGGAAAUGUAAUUGUACAAAAUGGUGUUGCCAGGAUAUCUGGGUUAGAAAAUACACUUUUUGGCUAUUCUUCCCGAUGUCAUCUUUUCAUUCCGAAACGACUAUAUGAAAAUAAAGAAGCUGUGGAAGUGAUCUGCUUUGGUCAUCUUCUGUUUGAAAUGGCUACUGGAUAUGAACUUACAUCAACUCAUCCAUCUGAAAAAAAUUACAAAGAUGUGGAAGAUAAACCCCAUGUCAUAGAUGUUUUAAAAUUCAUAUUUGAGCAAGGCCGUUAUCGAUAUCCUUCUCUUCAGCAAGUUGCUAGUCUCGACUUUUUCCGUCAUAUUGACUUGCGAGAGUUGAGAUCACUGAUGCCUGUGCCAUCUAUUAAAGCCAAGCUAAGUCCAGCUGCUCGGUCUAUUUUAAAGGAGGUUAAAAGGCACCAGAGGUCAAGAAGACAGAGUAAACGGUCCCAAUCAAUGCAUGCUUUAGAAACAGAAUCAGCAGAUGGUAGAGAUAGCCGAAGCUCAGGAAAUAGCAGCAGAUCAUAUAAGAAAAAGAAGAAACGGACAUCUUUGACUUCCACAGAAACUACACCAGAUGACGCCUCUGGUACUCCAUUACAGACUAUGCCUCUAUCAUCAAUAGAAGGAUCUAUGAGGUCUGCUCCAUCACUUCCUGAAUCAUUAGAUUAUUUUACACCUCCUACUACACCACAAACUGCUCCAAAACCUGCCACCGGGGAUGCUAGAGUUCGUAGUUUAUUACUACAAGAAAUACAAAGUGGAUUCAAAUUAAAGAGUGUUAGAAACCCAAGAAAUCCUGAAGUUUGAAAGAAA